AUGUCCCUCCCUCCCGACUACUCCAACGAGAUCGCCACGCUCGACCGCGAAAUCCUCUCGCACAAGCCCCACGACAUCCUCCAGUUCUGCGCAAACUUCUUUAACCGCCGUCUCGAGUCGCAGCGCACCGAAUACCUGCUGUCGCAACAGCACUCCAGUCCCCAGGGCCGUGCCGAGAACUCGUUCCCCGGCAACAACCCCUUCAGCACCUCGCCCAGCGCCGGCAGCGGCUUCACCAAAUCCACCAUGCAGCGUCUCGAAGAGGAGGAGGAGAACGACACCAUGACGUCGCCCACGGCCUCGACCUUUGGAGCUAUCGACUUCAACCGGUCCCGCUCCACCAACAACAACGACGCGGGUGCGAGCGCAUUCGGCGACUUUGGCGGCUUUGGCGGCUCCUCCAAGAACAACAUCACCCAGAUGCCGCCUCUGUCGGGCGAGGGCCAGAACUUCCCCAGCAACUACAACACCAACAGGCGCACCUCCGUCUCCGCCGAGUCGCUCAACCCCGCCUCCAGCGCCGCCGACAACUUCACCCCGCCCUUCCACCAGAAGACGCAGGACCAGCUUUCGCGCCUCAAGUCCGCCGUCUCCGGCAACUUCCUCUUUUCACAUCUCGACGACGACCAGUCGGCAAUGGUCCUCGGCGCGCUGCACGAAAAGCCCAUACCCACAAAAGGCAUAAAGGUCAUCUCACAAGGCGACGUCGGAGACUACUUCUACGUCGUCGAGAAGGGCGCUUUUGAUAUCUACGUCAACAAGUCAGGCAAGGUCGAGGCUGGCAUGGAUGGCGUUGGCGACAAAGUAGGCUCCGUCGGACCAGGUGGUUCAUUUGGUGAGCUAGCGCUCAUGUACAACGCCCCGCGUGCUGCAACAGUCACCUCGACAGAGUCAUCUACACUCUGGGCACUGGAUCGCAUCACCUUCCGCCGUAUCCUCAUGGACAGUGCUUUCCAGCGCCGCCGCAUGUACGAAGGAUUCCUGGAAGAGGUUCCCCUGCUGUCUACCCUGACUCCCUACGAGCGCUCCAAGAUCGCCGACGCUCUCGAAACCAAGAAAUACCCCCCUGGCACAACCAUCAUUCAGGAAGGCGAUGUCGGCGAGUCCUUCUUCCUGCUUGAGUCUGGCGAGGCCCAGGUCUUCAAGCGCGGCGUAGACAGCGCCGUCAACCAAUACCAGAAGGGCGACUACUUCGGUGAGCUAGCCUUGCUCAACGAUGCUCCUCGCGCUGCCUCAGUCGUCAGCAAGACCGAGGUCAAGGUCGCAACACUCGGAAAGAACGGCUUCCAGCGACUACUUGGGCCCGUUGAGGGCAUCAUGAGACGGAACGAUCCCAGCAAGGCUGCUUUCGAAGGCGAUCAUGUGGAUCCGCUGUCCAAGACUUCAUAA